AUGCUGCCAUUUACCACUUAUAUCAUUGCCAAGACAGACCUAAUCAAAUACAUGCUAACAAGGCCAAUGUUGAGAGGCAAAAUUGGGAAAUGGACUCUAGCUCUGACAGAAUUUGCUUUCAGAUAUGUCCCUCAGAAAGCUGUCAAGGGACAAGCUGUAGCAGAUUUCCUAGCCGAUCAUCCAGGAGAAGAAAUUGAAAAUAUGGACUCUUUGGACAUAGCAAAUGCAGAUCUGCUGACAAGAGCUCAUGUUUGCCUUAACAAUCCCAUUUAUUCGAUUCAUCUUACACCUUGGAAGCUGUACUUUGAUGGAUCAAAAACUGACUUAACUUCCGGAGCAGGGAUUGUUCUAGAGGAACCUUUGGGAAUCAUACACUGUUAUUCUUUCCAGUUAGAUUUCCAAUGCACCAACAACAGAGCUGAAUAUGAAGCUCUAAUCAUUGGCCUCGAAAUGUUGGUAGAACUCGGAGUCCAGUCUGUAGAAAUCUUGGGAGAUUCUAUGCUUGUUUUAAAGCAGAUUGCUGGAGAAUACAAAUGUUUGAACCCUGCUCUAGCUGUCUAUUUAGUAGCAGCUAGGAAUCUUUUGACAGAGUUCAGGGAAGCCACUUGGGAACACAUCCCAAGAGAAGAGAACUUUGCAGCCAACGAGUUGGCUCAAAUAGCUACAGGAAUACAAAUGCCGGAAGACUGUGUGCAAAGGAUUAUCAAAGUAGGGAAAAAGAGUCUGCCAUCUGUUCUGGCCAGAGGAAUGGAAAUAGACGUCAAUUCUGCCAUAAUCACUAAGGAUGACUGGAGAACUCCCAUCAUACUACUUACAAUACCCAACCUUGCCUUCUGA